UCGACGUUGCAUUCAGUCGUGCUUUGAUCGUCGUCGCGUUUGGUUGGCUUUUCUGUCCGUCGUUGGAAGCAAGUCAAUAUUGUUGGGUACACAUUGUGGUAGUGCUGCUUUGCAGACAACACUGGAGAGGAUCACCAACCCGGUUGCAGUGUGACAAUUUUGUUGGUGUGUGCGUGUGCUGGCAGUGUGGUUUUACCGUUAUUGUUCUUUGCAGAGCUUUGGCUGCAGAAGUGCCGUCUGGGUUCGAAGGUAGUGGUGUUAUAGAUCCAUUCAUAAGAACCGAUCGUUUGUACUUCCAGUGAGAGAGAACUGGUAUUGCUUAUAAUUGGCGAUGCGGCAAACCGAAAGGCGCGCGCGUAUACUCGUUGAAGUCAAAGCAGAUGAAGAGUCGUUUGGGUAUUGUUGAACCGCAUAACAUGAUCUAUCAGUAACACAAAUACUGAAGCACAUUGGUGGGCUGCUGCUGUAUACGAAGAAAGGAUCAAGUUUGACGACAUAAUCGAGAAGAUAAUCAAUAAUUUGAUAGUUUAUUAGAAUUGCAUUAUAUGAAUUGAAGUGUAUAACAUCUAUCAAAUAUAAGAAGUUUAGCGUGAAAUCAAGUUAAAAACGCUUAAGCAUGUUCAAUCAUCCUUACUGUCGAUAGAUAUAAAUUACACGAUUCACAAAAAAGUGUAGGUAUUCGUGCACCGCUGCUGGCAGCUGAAGGAAUUUCUAUAAAUUUAAGGUCAGCAAAUUCGAAGGGUGAAGAAGAGAAGUGAAGAAAUAACGACCAGAAUCCUACAGGUGUGUGUUUGGGUCGUUUACAAUCUGUGCGUAGGUAUUCGGUCUAUGUGUAUCCAAAGGAAUCCAGCCCAGUAGUUCUUCUGAAUACGACAACUGUAUCGUGGGAAAUGUGAAACGAGAAGUAAUAACACAAAACGAAGAUCAAAAAGAGUGGUUGGUUGUGAAACUGCUGUGCGAUCGGUGUAUCGAUCUGAGUGCAUUGCGGAGAAAAACGAAGAAAAGGAAAAUCCAUCUAGCAAUACAACAUUCUCCUCCGGGUUUACGUACUGUGCAAUUUUAGCUCGCGUUUUGUAGCUCAAGGAGUGUGGAUGAAAUUUGAGGCCGCCGACGUCCACGACUAUAUGGUGAAUAUUACAGCCGCACUGUUUAUAUUUCAGAAGCAGUGAAAAAAUGAAACGAGCUUGGUGAAUCAACGAAACGUAUCGCAUUUCGUCGUAUCCAGUGUUUGGGGCCGAUCCCGCUGGCAAAAUAAAUAAAAGUGAAAAGAUUCAAGUGUCCAGCAGUGUGUCUAGUCGCUAUUCGAGGAAAAGAAGAAAAUCCCACCGCAAACAUCACCUGGUGUAUCUCGUGCAAGCAAUUGCCUCAAGUGUUGUAUUCUAGUGCAAUACCUACCUACAAUUGAAUGCUUAUGUGAUAACGGGUUUAAUUACGAAGUACGUGCAGUGUUGGGUCUAUACAUAUUCAAAUAACAACGGCAAACAAGAAGGCAGCGACGGGCAUUGCGCGGGAAAUGUUGGGUGUACCCUUAGGCAGAAGGGCAUCGCUGUUAUCUAUGUGCUGUAUCGUGGUUCGUGGUGAAUAAGUGUAAAUACACUUACAGUUAAGGAGGAUUUCAAAACAAUCCUCACCGCGCAGCGAUAACGUGUGAUAACCGCGAGUGUGAAGCUCCCGUCACCUUCGUUUGGUGUCCCACCUUUUUUGUGAGUGUAUCUGCGCGAGUGGUUGUUUUAUCAGCUGCCGACCAACUUUUGAUUCGCGAGAGUCGCGCUAUCAAUCGGAAAAGCAAACAAACAAAAAAGUCAUCCAUAUUCGAAGCGAUGAGUAAUCGACAGGAAACGGAGGAAGCUUCUGCGGCACAAUAGAUCCGCCUUAAAAUGGAAGCACAUGAGCGACUUUUGCACCGACUUGUGUUAUCUACAGCGACUAAGAGCAUCUCGAAGAUGGCUCAAUGCGAAGACCGUUAUUCGUCGAACUUUCGUGAUCGAGAUGUUCUAGUGAGGCAACGAGUUUCAACAUCGACUAGAACGUCGCUUCCAUACGCAACGAUGCGUAAUGUGCAGUGCUCCAGAUCAACGACAAGACCGGCCAGGUCAAGUCGGGUGUUAUCAGCUUGGACGAUGCUGACAACCGCGAGCGUAGUGGUGCUACUGCUGCUGUCGCUAUCAUCGAAAACCCAUGCAGCAGAACCGCAGAUGCAAGCGCCACGCUUCACAACGCAGCCAUCUUCGUCCGGGUCGAUGGUGAACGAAGGCCGAACCAAGAUUCUCCAGUGUCAUGCUCUAGGUUACCCACAGCCCAUGUAUCGGUGGCUGAAGAAUGGCAUUCCAGUGGGAGACUUCGACACUAGUCAGUACCUGAAGAUUCAAAGUACAACUCGGGAGGAUGCCGGGUCGUAUCAGUGCCUGGCGAAGAACGACGCCGGAACGAUUUUCAGCGAGAAGAUCGACGUUGUUGUGGCAUACAUGGGAAUCUUCGACGACCUAACCGAGCAGGUCGUUUCCGUACAGUCUGGCUAUCCAGCGAUAUUGAACCUCUCGAAGAUAGAGUCCGUUCCGGCUCCAUCGGUUACGUGGCAAACGGAAGACGGACCCCUCAACUACGACAUCAAGUAUGCCACAACAGCAAGUAACCAGCUGAUUAUCCUGAGCGUGGAUGAAAACGACAUGAAAUCCUAUCGGGCACGUGCCAUCAAUACACAAAUCGGAAAAGAAGAGAUCAGCGCAUUUAUUCGGGUAAACGUGACGGGUAACUCGUACAGCGAGGUAGCGCCGGAAAUCAUCGUAGAACCGAAAAGCAUGAAGGUGGUCCGAGGAGAACAAACGGUACAGCUGGAGUGCAUAGCGAAUGCGCGCCCUCUACACGAGCUAGAGACGAUAUGGUUGAAGGAUGGUAUUCCCAUCGAGAACUCUGGGAUAUCGUACGCACAUACGGAUCCCUGGAAUCGAACAUUGGCGUUGCUUUAUGUGAAUUUGACACAUACUGGCCAAUAUACCUGUCAGGUUCAAAUGCGUACCGGAGGAUAUCCGACGGUACAUUCGGUUGCAUCGGUGACGGUUCAAGAACCUCCAUCGUUCUUCACCCCUUUCCGUACGGAGACUUUGGGUGACUACGGCUCGAAGACGGUCCUGCCGUGUGACGUCAUUGGGGAACCGGUCCCUUACGUAACGUGGUUUCGCAAUGCGGAAGGCUUAGAUCUUUCGACGGAUCGUUACACGGUCUUGGACGACCAUUCCCUUGUGAUCAAGAAACUCAGCAUGGAAGACUCGGCCAUGUUCCAGUGUCUGGCCAGCAACGAAGCCGGUGAAAAAUCCAGCUACACCUGGUUGAAAGUCAAAAAUAACACCAACCGUACAUCCACCCCAACCGUCGUGCUCAAGCACUUGAUCCUUUACAAUCAGUUUGUUCGUAAUAAACGUCUCGCCCAACCGAGAAUCAUUAGGGUGCGCAAUUCUGCCUCAGCAUCCGAUUCCGCAUCCGUUAGCAUCAAUAACACCUCAUCGAAUGGCGACAAAUCUACCAUCACGACCUCGAACGGAAACGGUGGUCGAAGCCGCAAAAAGACUGCGCCAGGCUCCACCGCAAGCACUUCAACACGUGCCGAGGAAUUUACAUUUGACAUUAGACCUUCCGUUCCAAUAAUGGAAAUGCCUCCGACGAAUCUCACCGUCCUGGAUGGUAAGGAUGCUACAAUGCACUGCCGAGCUGUAGGAGCCCCCACUCCUAACAUCACCUGGGUGUUUAACGAAUCGCAAGGUAUCGAACUCUCCGGUCGGAUACAGAUCCUCGACUCGGGUGAUCUGUUGAUCUCCAACGUACGCGAGUCGGAUGCCGGUCUAUACACGUGUAUCCGCGCCAACGAAGCCGGCAUCGUUACCGAGGAGGCCUACCUCGGUGUGAUGGUGCGAACGCAAAUUGUGCAACCGCCAGCGGAUACAACCGUACUGCUGGGACACACCGCUGCACUUCAGUGCCGGGUUUCGUCCGACCCGACCGUGCCGUUCAACAUCGAUUGGUACCGGGAACCACAACGGCAGCCCAUCAAAAACAGCCAGAGGGUGGCCGUGAAAGCCGACGGUACGUUGGAGAUUGUCGAGGUACGACCAUCGGACGUCGGACAGUACAGUUGUAUUGUGACGUCCCCUGGUGGUAACGAGACUCGCUCGGCAAGGCUGAGUGUGGUUGAGUUGCCCUUUGCACCGACCAAUGUUCAAGCCGUUCGGUUGAACACGGCGACACACCGAGCCAUCAACAUCUCCUGGACGCCCGGCUUUGACGGGAACAGUGCUGUCCUGAAGUUCAUUAUCCAACGGAGGGAAGUUCCCGAGCUAGGUCCACUGCCAGACCCGUUGCUGAACUGGGUAACGGAGUUGAGCAAUGUCUCGGCCGGUUCCCGGUGGGUACUGCUGACGAAUCUGAAAGCUGCCACGGCAUACCAAUUUCGAGUGAGCGCAGUCAACCGCGUAGGCGAAGGAUCGCCCUCGGAUCCCAGCAACGUCAUCAAACUGCCGCAGGAAGCUCCAUCGGGUCCGCCGGUAGGCUUCGUAGGUUCAGCGAGAUCCUCGUCGGAGAUCAUAACUCAAUGGCAACCACCAAUGGAGGAACAUCGCAACGGUCAAAUACUGGGUUACAUUAUUCGGUAUCGACUGUUUGGAUACAACGCCAGCCCUUGGAACUAUCGAAAUAUAACCAACGAGGCUCAACGCAACUACCUGAUUCAAGAGCUGAUCACCUGGAAGGAUUACAUUGUUCAGAUCGCUGCCUACAAUAACAUGGGCGUAGGAGUUUACACCGAGGGAGCUAAGAUCAAAACAAAGGAGGGAGUUCCAGAAGCACCGCCAACAAACGUCCGCGUUAGUGCGUUGAACUCCACAGCUAUACGGGUUUGGUGGAAGCCUCCGAAUCCUCAACAGAUCAAUGGCAUUAACCAAGGGUACAAGAUCCAGGCUUGGAGAUACGAAAUCAUCGAUGGGGAGGAGCACGAAUCCGAAGCUAAAGUUCUCACUGUACCGCCAAGUUUGCUGGACCCGUUAGCUGAGCAGGACACAGUCGUUACGGGGCUGGAUAAAUUCACCACGUACAACAUUACGGUACUAUGUUUCACAGAUCCUGGAGACGGGGAACGUAGCUACCCGGUUGAAGUUAAAACGAAAGAAGACGUUCCAGAUGAAGUUAGCUCCCUGCAGUUCGAUGACGUAUCCGAUCGUGAAGUCACGGUCAUGUGGACACCUCCAAAGCAAAUCAACGGCAUCCUUACUGGCUAUCAAGUUAAAUACCAAAUCAAAGAUCAACCGGACACCCUCAAAACCUUCAAUCUGAGUGCGGACAGCAAUUCUUUGAAAAUCGUCAAUCUCAUGGCAACUACACAUUACUGGUUUGAGGUUACGGCUUCCACUGCAGUCGGACAAGGUUUACCACGAACAGCAACGAUCCAGUCCGGCGUUGAGCCGGUGCUUCCUCAUCCUCCCUACCAACUAGCGUUGUCCAACAUCGAAGCAUUUUCGGUCGUAAUACAGUUCACCCCUGGAUUCGACGGGAACUCUUCGAUUACCAAAUGGACCGUGGAGGGUCAAACGGCGCGAAACCUAACCUGGUUCACCGUGUACGAGGUACACGACCCGGAUGCUUCAACGCUCACGGUGACAGGCCUUACGCCUUUCACACCAUACCGCCUGAGAAUCAUCGCCUCCAACGUGGUCGGCCCAUCGGAGCCCUCUGAACCUACUAAGGACUUUCAAACGAUUCAAGCUCGCCCCAUGCACCCGCCGUUCAACGUGACGGUUCGCGCUAUGAGUGCCACUGAGUUGCGAGUUCGUUGGAUACCUCUUCAACAAACCGAGUGGUUCGGAAAUCCUCGUGGGUAUAACAUAACCUAUAGGAACGUCAACGAGAAAGCCCGAAUUGCUCCGUUCAGUGUGAUCAUUGAAGAUCCCACGGCAAAUUCACACGUUCUGGAUGGGUUGGAGGAGUGGUCCGUGUACGAGAUAUUCAUGAGCGCAGUGAACGAAGUGGGGCAAUCUAACGAGAGUCCACAUGCGUUCGAGAGGACGCGGGAAGCAGUUCCUUCCUUUGGGCCUCUGGGAGUAGAAGCCAAUGCGACAUCGUCGACAACGAUCGUCGUGAAAUGGACCGAAGUUCCGAAAGAGCACCGGAAUGGACAAAUCGAAGGGUACAAAGUAUUCUACGGGUCGGCAGGAAGAACGCAAAUCCUACACAAAACCAUUUCAAAUAAUGCGACGUUUACUACAACGUUAACUGAGCUGAAGAAGUUCGUGCAAUACGACAUUCAAGUUCUGGCCUACACUCGGCUAGGGGAUGGAGUCUUGAGUACACCUCCAGUAAGAGUGCAAACAUUUGAAGAUACGCCUGGUGCUCCUUCAAACGUGUCGUUUCCUGAUGUUUCGUUUAGCAUGGCACGGAUAAUUUGGGACGUUCCAGAAGAGCCUAAUGGAGAAAUUUUGGCUUACAAGGUCACUUAUCUGUUAAACGGAUCGCUAAGUUUGAACUUCAGUCGUGAAUUUCCGCCAUCCGAUCGAACAUUCCGUGCGACACAGUUACUUGCUGAACGGUAUUACCUGUUCAGUGUAACUUCACAGACACGACUAGGAUGGGGCAAAACCGCUGCCGUUUUGGUUUACACCACGAACAAUCGAGAGAUUCCUCAAGCACCAUCCGCUCCACAGAUCUCCAGGUCACAGGUCCAAGCUGAACAGAUAACCUUCAGCUGGACGCCCGGACGCGACGGUUUCGCUCCUCUCCGGUACUACUCCGUUCAAUUCCGGGAGAAUGAAGGACCCUGGACGGUGAUCCCUGAACGGGUAGAUCCUUCCGUUACUUCCUACACAGCAUUAGGUCUCAAACCACACACGCUGUAUCAGUUCCGCAUUCAAGCUACAAACGAUAUCGGUCCAUCGGCCUUCAGUAAGGAAAGUAUUGAAGUACGAACACUUCCAGCAGCGCCAUCCGGGGGUAUCACAGGUUUGAAGGUGGUGCCGAUUACGACGACAAGCGUUCGAGUUCAAUGGAAUCCGUUGAAGAAGAGUCUUUGGAACGGAGAUUCCAAUACUGGCGGCUAUCGAAUCCUGUAUCAACCGAUUUCCGAUUUCCCUUCUACUCUGCAAAGUACCCCUAAGUUAGACGUUAUGGGAGUCGAACAGGAGUCGGCUAUUCUGAAAGAUCUGACUCAAGACCGAAACUAUGAAAUCAUUGUGCAGCCGUUCAACUCACAAGGCUCGGGAAUUACAACGCCUCCGGUAGCUGUAUAUGUAGGAGAAGCAGUUCCUACGGGAGAACCUCGUGGAAUUGACGGCGCUCCGGUGUCGUCUACCGAAGUUCGUUUACGAUGGAAAGCUCCACAACAGAGCAUGCAAAACGGAGAGCUGUUAGGGUACAAGAUCUUUUACCUGGUCACCGAUUCACCUCAGGAAUUGGAGGACGGUCGGAAACACGAAGAAGAGAUAGAGGUUGUUCCCGCAUCGUACACAUCGCAUAGUUUGGUGUUCUUGGACAAGUAUACGGAGUAUAGAAUACAGAUCUUGGCGUUCAACCCGGCGGGUGAUGGUCCGCGAUCGACUCCCAUCACAGUGAAGACCCUGCAGGGUCUACCGGGGCCGCCAAUCGCGUUAUCUUUCUCCGAUAUCACCAUGAACAGUUUGAAAGUCAGCUGGGACCCUCCCAAGAAGCGGAACGGAGAGAUUCUGGGAUACAUUGUGACUUACGAGACCACCGAGGACAAUGAAAAAUUCAGCAAACAGGUCAAACAGAAGGUCUCCGGCACCAAUUUGAUCAUCCAAAAUCUAGAAGAGGAAGUUACCUACACGUUUACGGUUCGCGCACAAACAAUCGAUUACGGUCCGGCAGUUAGCGGAAAUGUUACCACAGGACCUCAAGAUGGCUCCCCGGUUUCCCCACGGGAUCUACAGCUUUCCAAAUCGCAAGCCAGCGUGGACAUGGCUUGGCUAAACGGCCCAUCCGGGAAGGGACCAAUUCUGGGAUAUUACAUUGAAACCAAGAAAAGAGAUAUGGAGCAAUAUUACAGCCACGAUACCCGAUGGGAGACGGUAGCGCGCACAACCAACGGUCCCAUCCAGGAGUUCACCGUCAGCUUCCAAAGUUUGCUUCCAUCAACAGCGUACAAGUUCCGCGUAAUCGCCUACAACCGGUACGGAAUCAGCUGUCCCGUCUAUUCGGACGAUGCCAUCCUGACGCCGUCGAAGCUAUAUCUGGAGUACGGUUACCUGCAGCAGAAGCCUUUCUACCGGCAGACGUGGUUCAUGGUAGCCCUAGCGGCGACAUCCAUCAUCAUUAUCAUCAUGGUGAUUGCGGUGCUCUGCGUGAAAAGUAAAAGUUAUAAGUACAAACAGGAGGCACAGAAGACUCUGGAGGAAUCGAUGGCAAUGUCGAUCGACGAGCGGCAAGAAUUGGCGCUGGAGUUGUACCGGUCUCGGCAUGGGGUGACGAGUAACAACGGAACGUUGAACGGGACUGGAACCUUGGGACGUCGCACCGGUACGAUACUUGGCAGUAGAAAGCCUCAGACUUCGGCUGCCGCGGCAGCUUCACUCGGCAAAUCUCCACCAAGGCCUUCGCCGGCGUCCGUCGCAUAUCACAGCGACGAAGAAAGCCUGAAAUGCUACGAUGAAAAUCCAGACGAUAGCAGCGUGACGGAGAAGCCGUCUGAGGUCAGCUCAAGCGAUUCUCAGGCAUCGGAAAGCGAGAACGAGAGCGUCCGCUCGGAUCCGCACUCGUUCGUGAAUCACUACGCAAACGUGAACGAUUCGCUGCGGCAGUCCUGGAAGCGGCAGAAACCGGUGCGGAACUAUUCCAGCUACACGGACUCGGAACCGGAGGGUUCGGCUGUGAUGAGUCUGAACGGCGGUCAGAUCAUCAUGAACAACAUGGCCCGAUCUCGGGCGCCACUGCCCGGCUUCAGCUCGUUCGUAUGACCUUCGUCAUGCGAUGGGAUCAUUGAUGAGCUGGAUGCGAAGCUAAAGGCCCGAUGCAAUGGUUCCGCAGUGGUUCCCAACGGAGGUGGCUUGACAUUAGUCGGAGCCGGCAUCAACGGGAUCAGCGGCAGCAAGAGCGAGAACCAACUGUCCUGAUAGGAACCAAGGCAAGAGGGUGCGGUGGAGAUCUAUGCCAGAGGUAGCUGUAGGAAACUUGUUUGUGAUACAAAAGUUUUACACUUGAGAAUUUAGAGGGGAAGCGCGUGCGCGAGAGAUAGACUGACUGCAAGCGGGGUGAGUGAAACCAGUUUUGUUUUAGUUUCGAUUUUAAAUUGGGGGCAAUUUGGGAGCGCAUUUGGAGCGCAAGACCCUAGGGGAGGGCAAAAAAGCAUAAUCAAAAAUGUGACUGAUUUUUUAUUCUUUACUGUAGAAUAUUGAAAUUUAGUUUAAAUCGAAUUAUACGGGGCACCGCUACGAUGCCCACGAAAAAAAAACCCGAAACGAUUACUUCGAUAAUCUACUUAGAAGAGGAAAUAGUAUGCAAACUUAUUUAACGGUAACAUUGAACUACGGAAAACUGUUACGAGAAAUGAAAUGCUGUUUUGUACAAUACCACACUGCAGUUUGUAGAAGUAAUAUAGAUUUUAGGAAAUCGAGCCAUAAGUAGGAUAUUUUGAAUAACGAGGGAUGUUUCUCAUAUUAUGGAUGGAUCUCAAAUUGCGGGCCGGAGGACUGUUAUGUGAAAAAAUAAUGAAAACUUUCUAUACAACAAACCAUUU